AAGCACCUUGCACUACCACUUUUUUAUUUCCUCGAAUCCAUCCUUCCACCCGGCCCGGCAUAUUCUUUGGAAAAAUCCAUUUUUAUUUUACUAAGAAAAUUCAAAUUCUUUGUAAUACUAGUUUCAGUAUUUUUUGAGUUAAAGGUUUUCAAUUAUUAGUUGAAAAAAUAAACUAAUCUAAAAACAUGAACAAAGAAGAACACGACUACGCCUCGGACAGUGAUGAAAGUGAUGAAGAUUUCUGCCCAGACAAGGCAAACAAUUCCGGCGAGGACGACGCACCAAGUGAGGAGGAUUCAGAUGAUCCAAUUUCUGAGAACGAAGAUGUACCUGCUAGUAAAAAACCCAAAUCAAAUCCAAAAAAGAAAGAUCGAAGCAAACAGACGCCGUCGACGAAAGUAAAAAAGACAAACAAAGAAUCAGUUGUUAAGGAAAAGGAAAACAAAGAGGAGGAGCGCAUUGUCACGACACGCAAUCGAUCAGAAACAACCUCCAAGACGUCGAUAGAAAAGGACGAACUCGAUUCGGACGAAGAGGAUUCGAGUAGGAAAGAAGCCCUAUGGGCGGACUUCUUAAGUGACAUUCCAACAACCACCACCCCAAGUAGAACAAACAAACCAGCAGCUUCAGCUUCAAGUAAAAAAGAAGCGUCCACCAGACCUACAGUUGAAAAGCAAGACACUCCGAUUGCUCCUAAGGAACCAGAAAAAGUUGUCAUCAAACAGCUUUUUGACUUCGCCGGUGAGGAGGUCGUCGUAGAGAAGACUGUUAGUGCAGAUAGUAUUAAAUCGAAUGGCUCCUCGAGGAAACUUCCAGCGUCGUCGUUGGAAGGACCUCGUGGAUCUGUUAAGCGACCCGCAGGAGGUGGAAUAGGUUCGAUUUUAGGACAACUAGAUAAGAAGAAGAAGAUAAGUGUGCUGGAGAAGAGCAAACUUGACUGGGAUAGUUUUAAGACAACAGAAGGAAUUGAUGAAGACCUACAGACUUUUAAUAAAGGAAAAGAUGGUUACUUACAAAGACAAGACUUUUUAGAACGUACCGAUUUGCGGCAGUUUGAAAUAGAAAAGAGUUUGAGGGCGUCCAGAAGAAAACCCAUGUAAAAUAUCCAAAUGCUCGAGAAUGCCUUGCAGAGCUGGAAACAACUACUAUCACACAUAAAACUAUCAAACAAUAGACAUUAUACAAAAGCUACAUAAAUGUAAUGUAUGCAACUUGUAAUUAUUUGCUGCCAUGUUUUGUUUUUUCAAAAAAAAAAAAGAAUUUACUGAUGAUAAAAUAAGGCGAUAUGUAUGUACCUAACCGUAAUUAUUGUAAACAAAAUAUUGCAGGAAAUAUUUGUUUAGUUACAAAUAAAAUUAAAUGUCGUCUCCAAGA